GACGACCCUCCCCGAGAGCGGCCAGGUCCGCGGCCACGCGCCCAAGGCGGGACGGGGCGUGAUGGCGGCGGCGGCUGUGAGCGGCGCCAAGCGGAGCCUGCGGGCCGAGCUGAAGCAGCGUCUGCGGGGUAUAAGCUCCGAGGAGCGACUGCGCCAGUCCCGUGUGCUGACCCAGAAGGUGCUUGCCCAUAGUCAGUAUCAGCAGUCGAAAAGGAUCUCCAUCUUUCUGAGCAUGCCGGAUGAAAUCGAAACGGAGGAGAUCAUCAAGGAUAUUUUCCGGCAAGGCAAAACCUGCUUUAUCCCUCGCUACCGAUUUCAGAGCAAUCACAUGGAUAUGGUGAAACUGGAAUCACCAGAAGAAAUUUCCUUACUUCCCAAAACAUCGUGGAACAUCCAUCAGCCCAGCGAGAGUGAUGCCCGGGAGGAGGCCUUGUCAACGGGGGGCCUUGACCUCAUCUUCAUGCCGGGCCUUGGGUUCGACAAGCACGGCCACCGGCUGGGCAGGGGCAAGGGCUACUACGACACCUACUUGCAGCGCUGCCUGCAGCAGCAGGGCGGGAAGCCCUACACCAUUGCCCUGGCUUUCCGAGAGCAGAUCUGCCCACAGGUGCCAGUGGACAACAGCGACGUGAGCGUGGAUGAGGUCCUCUAUGAGGACUCUGCAGCCUCCCUGGAACCUUGACCACGCGGCUGCAUCUCCUGUGCUGUGGUAGAUCAGAGUGAGUCACGCGUAGCUGCCCCUUGUCCCACAGUAGCUGAAAUCAUAGUCACGUGGAUGCAGACAACGUGGC